GCGUACUUCGUUCGCGGAUGACCGCAGUUGGUUUAUUUUAUCAAAAAGUGGUCAACAUUUUACAUUAAAAAAGUUUUUGAACAAAAAAAAAAUGGCCACUCUCCUGAAAAUGAUAUGGAAAGGAUACGGCUUCGUUUUCGACGAACUAGCAGAUCCACGAACGAAAACCUGGUUCUUAGUUGCGAAGCCUUACCAGGGAUUGUGUAUACUUGGACUAUAUUUACUUUUUGUCUUGAAAAUCGGACCAAACUGGAUGAAGAAUAGACCACCAUACAAUGUUGAUAAAUUGAUGAUCUUACAUAAUUUAGUACAAGUGUUGGCUUGUGGUUACGUUUUUAUAGAGACGAUCGUAUAUGCAUGGGGUUGGAACUACAGGUGGUUCUGUGAGCCGAUAGACUUCUCUGACAAUCCAAAUGCUUUGAACGUAGCUGGCUUCGUGUAUCACUAUUAUAUGUUGAAGUAUUUGGAUCUGAUUGAUACGAUAUUCUUCGUGUUGAGGAAAAAGGAAAAUCAAAUAUCAUUCCUUCAUGUGUACCAUCACACCGGCAUGGUAGCUUUGAUUUGGGGAGCUACUACUUAUUUACCAGGUGGCCACGGUACACUCAUUGGUAUGAUCAACUCUUUCGUCCACGUCGUGAUGUACAGCUACUAUUUACUGACCGUCGCCAUGCCGAGCGUCAAGAACUCCUUGUGGUGGAAGAAACAUAUCACACAGUUACAAAUUAUACAACUGGCCUGGUGCUGUCUUCACAUGGCUGCGUUAGUCUUCAAGCCAGAUUGUGGCUACCCCCGAUGGGUGGUAUUUGUAUUUCUUCCCAACGACCUCUUCAUGUUGACAUUAUUCGUCGAUUUUUAUAUAAAAACAUACAUUAAAAAGCCAAAAGCAAAAGUUGAACAAGUCCAAAUUCAAAACGGUGAGAACAAAAAGCAAUUGUUUGAAGACACGAUAGUGCGGCAACGGUAUGAACAAACUCAAACAAAUUUAUGAUUUUAAAAUACUUUAUUCUAUUAUUUUUAUUGUUUAAUGUAGUCAUUGAGUAGAUAUUAUUACUACGUAUAGAGAGGACGCCACGAACAAAAUCUGUGCGACAAGCGCGGCCGCGGCAGUAAAAAAAAUUGACACUAACUCGUGUUACAAAUAGUGUAGUAGCGAUGUCGUCACUAGUACGUAGUACAUAAUAUUAACUCAAUGAAUGUAGUGCAUUAAUUAUAUUGAAAUUUGUAAUUUAUUUUCACUAAAUUUAAUUAUAGAGCAAAAUCAA